CGUACUUGUGCUCUCAAUAUUUCUUGUACAUAAUGUUUGAUCACUGGAAUGCUCCUGAUCUUGGUCAAUGGACGCAGAAUGCUGAUGGUACCUACUGGCGCGUAGCUGGUCUCAAUGAGGCUGGCUUUCAUUACGUGGCCUCGGAGAGCAAGGCUCCCAGUGAUAUCUUCAUGAGGGUCAGAUGCCGUAUAGGCAGGGCUGCUGUCACGAGAGAUCGAGUACUCAAUGCAUGGAUUCUGCUCAGGCGACAACAUCCGUUGCUGGACGCCAGGUUUGUGCUUGACUCGAACUUAUCGACCCAGUAUGACUUGCGUAUUGAGUAUGACCCAAAGGGCGUCGAAGAUAGAGCUGCUCGAGACCUGCACUGGCUUCCCAUGUUCGAGAGCUGGGAACAGGAGCGAAACGCUUUGACCAAUUGCUCUCGCGUCCUGAACGACAAUCUGCUUUCUUCGCUGCGUAUAUACCAUGAACCAGGGUCGGAUGUCAUUGAGCUAGUCUGGCUUGUUCAUCAUGCAAUUUCAGACGGUGUAUCCGUCACCAUGGCUACACAAGAUUUGCUUAAUUCAAUGGCAAGCACAAACACAGCACUGCAAUCAGGGGUAAGCAGUCGCCCGGUCAUCCAACGCCUACCAUUAGCAAUGGAAGGCUGUUUCCCGCCACGCAUAGCUUCCUCCAGGCAAAGAUGGCGUAAUGCCAUCUUGUACACAAUUGCCCAAAAUCGAAACAAGCGGAAACCGCCCGUCACCAUCUGGAAGCAUGGCAAUGGUGUACCAGUAACACGACAGCGCACCUAUACAUUUUCAACGGCGAUGUCAAGAGCAUUGCUGGCUGCCUGCAAGCGACGUGGACUGACAGCUGGACAUCUCAUUUAUGCUGCUCAAGCAGUGGCCUUUGCUCAGAUUCUCCAGCUCACCCAAGACACGACAAUUUUUGUUGGCACGCCGAUGAAUGCGCGUCGAACCUUUGCGGAGCCAUUUAAGGCAAAAACACAUGAAGUUGUCAUGACUUUGGCAUUCCUUGAUGUCUUCAUGCCUGCGAUCGCAAUGGGCAAGGAUCCCAAGCGGAAUGCAGAGAAGCUUUGGACAAUGAGCAAGAUUGCCAAGCGUCAAGUACAUCACGUCAUUACAGAUGACAAGUUUGCCGACUUUGCAUACAUCAUGCUCGAAGGCCGGUGGCUCGGCCGAUUCAGAUCUCAGCGAGAUCGACCAGCAGGUCCGGACAACCGUCCAAAGAAGCGCGAGACGUACAUCUCAUACGGCAGUAGCGCUAUGGGCAAUCUCGAUAACGCCCUCCAGAUUUCACCGGCAAAUCAAGACAGAUUGUCCAUUGUCGAUAUGAACAUCGGUAUGCGUGUCCGGCAUGGUGAGACGCUUAUGCACAGCUACAGCUUCCUCAACAAGUUGACGCUCAGUGUUAUGUAUGAUGAUCAGAUCGGACUAGAUGUUGUUGAUGCUUGGAUACAAGAGACUGCCAGACUGAUGGAGCUGGCAAUUGCUGAUGAGGUGCCAACUCGCCGGCUAUAGGCUCUUUUAAAAGUUAUAUGGCGUGGUAGCAUGUUGUGAAUAUGACUUACUUUAGUCACAGUGGAUUAGCUCGUUGUAGAAGAUGUCUUGACUCGCCAUCUCGUUG